UUAUUAUGCUGUUAGUUUUGAUAAAUUAGUUUGAAGGAAAGUAUUCUUUAUCAGAUGCUGAAGUACUUGGUACGUCUCUGACAUACAUCUAUUAGCUAUAUGUCAAGAGACAGUUAAAGAGACUAAAAUGUCAAAGAGAUUGUGACUUUUUAAUGUGUUGUUCCUUAGGGAGAGGUAAAGCAAUCGUUUCUUGGCUUUCUCUUUCACUUCCCCGUGAUCUGUACCUUUGUCCCAGUGACCUCUGCAACUGCCCAUGUGAGGUAGAAUCCCUUUAUCCUCGUCCUGGGUGGGUUGAAUUAGAUCCUGAAGUGCUAUGGAGUCAAUUUACUGGUGUAAUAAAAGAGGCUGUACAAGCUGCAGGACUUCACAUGAGGCAAAUUGCUGGUCUUGGCAUCUCCACCCAGAGAGGAACUUUCAUUACAUGGCACAAGAAGACAGGGAAACCCUUUCAUAAUUUUAUAAGUUGGCAAGACCAAAGAAGUGCUGACCUUGUGAAUUCCUGGAAUAAGUCCCUUCUGCUGAAGGUAAUCCAUGUUAUUUUUACAGUGCUUCAUUUCUUGACUGGGAGUGAUCGAUAUUUGGUACCCAGUUUUCUUACUUUUUCAACACAUCAGACUUCUAUGAAGUUGUCAUGGGUUUUUAAAAACAUUCAUGAGGCUGAAGAAGCUGCCAAAAAAAACAACUGCUGCUUUGGGACGGUUGACACGUGGUUACUGUAUAGAUUGACUAAAGGUUCUGUGUAUGCUACAGAUUACUCAAAUGCCAGUACUACAGCCAUUUUUGAACCCUUUACGAAAUGUUGGACUCCCACUUUGUGUAAUCUACUUUCUAUUCCCAUGUCUAUUUAUCCACCGGUGAAAGACACAAGCUUCAACUUUGGAUCAACUGACUCUGAAAUAUUUGGAGUACCUAUUCCAAUAAUGGCAAUGGUAGGUGAUCAGCAGUCAGCUAUGUUUGGAGAAUGCUGCUUUCACCCAGGAGAUAUUAAACUGACAAUGGGAACAGGUGGUUUCUGGAAUGUGAAUACUGGAGAGCAUCUCUUCGCAUCACAAGGAAGUCUUUAUCCCCUGAUCGGUUGGAAGAUUGGGGAAGAACUUGUUUACUUAACUGAAGGCUCUAUAUCAGACCUCGGGACUGCCAUAAAAUGGGCUCAGGAUAUGGAACUUUUCACCAAUGUAGAUGGAACGGCAGAAAUGGCACAGAGUGUUUCUGAUUCUGAAGGUGUUUGUUUUAUUCCAGGUGUGCAGGUUUCUGGGGAUGACCCAUAUUUAUGUGCCUCUUUCAUAGGGCUGAAACCUUCCACUAACAGAAACCAUCUUGUUCGAGCCAUAUUGGAAUCUGUAGCUUUCAGAAACAAACUGCUUUAUGAUAUCAUUGUGAAGAAGGUGCACAUUCCUCUUCGAACUAUUCGAGCUGAUGGAGGUGUCAGUAAUAAUAGUUUUGUCAUGCAGAUGACAUCAGAUUUAAUUAAUAAGAAAAUAGAAAAACCUACAAAUGCGGACAUGUCUAGUCUUGGUGCAGCUUUUCUAGCAGGCCUUGCUUCAGGAUUUUGGACAGACAGAGAACAACUGAAGAAGCUAAGGCGAGUAGAAGCAGUGUUUGAGCCCCAAAAGGAUUCAGAGGAAUACAGACCCGCUAUGGAUGCAUGGCUGCAAGCAAUGAAACACUCACCACACUGGUAGAAAUUGGCGUUUUAUUUUUAGAAGAAUUAAGAUGGUUUAAUUCAUGUUUUAUAGCAUCUUGACAUUAACAGGACAGUAAAAAACCA